AGCUGGCAGCCCCGCGCCGGGACCCGACACAAAGCCGAUCAAGCUCGGCGGCGCGGGGGCGGGGGACGCCCCGCCAGGGCUUCCCUUCCGCUCCCCGCCUGCCUCCUCCGGCCCCCUCAUUAGGAGCCAGCCGGCAUCUCGUCCGGCUCCCUCCGCCUCCCUACCUCUCCCCGCGCCCCCUCCAAAACAGAAGUGCCCAGACCCCCGCAGGCCCCGGGCUAGACCAGAACCGCCUCUGGGCUGCGCGCGGAGCGGGCGCCCCUGGAAGGGGGAAACUGACAUCCCAUCAGGGUCCGCCCGCUCCGCUCCGCUGCGCGCCGCGCUCCCCUCCCGCCGCGAGGAGUCCGGCGACCGCCACCACCACCCCCCGGCCGGCCUCCCGCGCUCCCGCCGCCGGGACCCUCAGCUUCCGAGGAGCCGCCAGCUCCCGACCCCCACGAAGAUGGCGAGGAGGAGCCGCCACCACCUCCUGCUCCUCCUGCUGCGCUACCUGGUGGUCGCCCUGGACUAUCAUAAGGCCUAUGGAUUCUCUGCCUCAAAAGAUCAUCAAGUGGUCACAGCAAUAGAGUAUCAAGAGGCUAUUUUAGCCUGUAAAUACCCAAAGAAGACUGUUUCCUCCAGAUUGGAAUGGAAGAAAUUGGGGCGUGGUGUUUCCUUUGUUUACUAUCAACAGGCUCUUCAAGGUGAUUUUAAGGAUCGAGCUGAGAUGAUAGAUUUCAGCAUACGGAUCAAAAAUGUUACAAGAAGUGAUGCCGGGAAAUAUCGCUGUGAAGUUAGUGCCCCAUCGGAACAAGGUCAAAACCUGGAAGAGGAUACGGUCACUCUAGAAGUAUUAGUGGCUCCGGCAGUUCCAUCAUGUGAAGUACCCAAUUCUGUUCUGCGUGGAACUGUGGUGGAGCUGCGAUGUCAAGACAAAGAAGGCAACCCAGCUCCUGAAUACACGUGGUUUAAGAACGGCGUCCCUUUGUUAGAGAAUCCAAAACUUGGCUCCCAAAUCACCAACAGCUCAUACACAAUGAAUCCAAAAUCUGGAACUCUGCAAUUUAAUACUGUUUCAAAAACGGACAGUGGAGAAUAUUCCUGCGAAGCCCGUAAUUCUGUUGGACAUCGCAGGUGUCCUGGGAAACGAAUGCAAGUAGAUGAUCUCAACAUAAGUGGCAUCAUAGCAGCUGUAGUCAUUGUGGCCUUAGUGAUUUCUGUCUGUGGGCUUGGCGUGUGCUAUGCUCAGAGGAAAGGCUACUUUUCAAAAGAAACAUCUUUCCAGAAGAGUAGUUCUGCAUCUAAAGCCACUACCAUGAGUGAAAAUGAUUUCAAGCACACAAAAUCCUUUAUAAUUUAAAAGAAUCCUACCUUGGCAAUACACCAAAACCACAGUUGUUGCACAAGUUAUUAAACGAUUAUAAAACAGCUUUGUCUUACAUUUGCGAAGAGGUACAUGAGGAUAUGAAAUUGGUAUUGCAUUGUAAUCUGUAUGACUGCUAAAUCACUUGAAAUUUUUAUACAAAUAGUUCUGUCAGCACAUAAAAUACAAAUCUGGCUUCUUGUGUCUUGACAGAGGUAAAGGAAUCAAAAUACUUUGUAAUAUUCUGGCGCUUGUGAAAUGUUAAAUAUCCUAACUUCUAGCAAAAGUUACUAAAAUGUAUCAUUCUGGUUGUGAAAUGAAUCCACAGAGUAUGAAAACAUCAGCCACAUGUACCCUCUGUGAGAGUGUGGUUUGGAGGGUUCAGAAAAAUACUCUGACAGACACAAAAGGAGCCUCUGGUCUCAUUCCUGCGAGAAUCCUCCUUUUCCUCUUAUCUAAUCCUUAUUCUGCUGCUCGUUUAUCACUGAUCUAGUCACAGAACGGUGGCAGAAUGGGUCUCAUACCCAAGGAUAUCACUUCACCCAAGGAUUUCACUUCCAUUUCUGAGAACCACAAGCAACAUGAAGAAAAAUACCUAAUACCAGAGCUCACUCACCUGGUGUGUGUCCUUGAUUUCUUCAUUAAACAUCAUUUUGAGAGUCAAACACAAA